GCGCCCGCCCAGUAAUCAGUGAAAUAAACGCGCGCGCAGACGGGCUGAGUGGUCUAAAGCAGGGCAGGCUGGAGGCUCGUUAGGAGAAGCACAGUCGAGCGCGUGAAACUCAAGCGUGGCGGCACGCGCUGCUUACGAUCUUGCUCCAGUGUACAUGUACCUGCAUCACUAAGUUGCUGAAUGUCUAGUGGCCAGGGAUGGCAGCAGCAAAUGAGAAAUCAGUGCAGCAGCAUCUGUACUUCUCGAGCUGUGGCGAGGAGGACAGCAGCGACAGCAGUGUGGAGGACUGGGUGCCCAGAAGUGUGUCGCUAAGAAGUCCAUCCUCCGCCUGCCGAACCCCAAGAGUGCAGCGCCACCGCACCAGGAGUAACACGGUCUCACCAGCUGCGCCCACCUCACCAAUACCUUACGCUGCCUGGAGGAAGCUGAGGCUCUGUGACUCCCCCAGUACACCGAAGAGCCUGCUGUCCAAGUCAGCACUGCCCUACUCAAGCAGCAAGCCAUGUCGCAGCCAGAGAGUCCUGUGCCGGCCUGCUCUGUCUGCCCAAGCACCCUCGGUCAAUGUUAACCCUUUCACGCCAGAUACGGUGCGGAGGAACAGCGAGCACUACAAGAGGAAGAACUGUAGAAGCGAUGGUGAUGAUGAUGAUGGGCACAGGUCAAAGGAAACUCAAACUUCAUCUGAAGAUGAAAGCUAUUUUCUUCCAUCAAAGAGACCAGCAGUGCCAGCCCUCAUGCUGUCACGUUAUGAGAGCGAGUUCCUGGAACUGGGCCGGAUCGGUGUGGGCGAGUUUGGUGCUGUGUAUCGCUGUGUGAAGAGGCUGGAUGGCUGCAUGUACGCCAUCAAACGUUUGCGCAGACCACUUGCAGGUUCUGCCAAUGAGCAGCUGGCCUUAAAAGAGGUAUAUGCCCAUGCUGUGCUGGGACAUCACCCACAUGUUGUGCGCUACUACUCUGCUUGGGCAGAAGAUGACCAUAUGAUCAUUCAAAAUGAGUACUGUGAUGGUGGGAGCCUCCAUGAUGUCAUAACAGAGAAAGAAGAACAGGGUGAAUUCUUUCAGGAGCCAGAGCUGAGGGAUCUGCUGCUUCAGGUCUCAAUGGGACUCAAAUACAUCCACGUGCUAGGUUUGGUACAUCUAGACAUCAAACCAAGUAACAUCUUCAUCAGCCAUCGGCCUAGCUCCAGUGCUGGUGGAGCAGGAGACAGCGAAGAGGAAGAUGAUGGGCACACUUCAUCAGGGGUAGUUUAUAAAAUUGGGGAUCUUGGCCACGUGACCUCAAUCUCAAGUCCUCAGGUGGAGGAGGGGGACAGCCGCUUCCUAGCAUGUGAAGUUUUGCGAGAGGACUACACACACCUACCCAAGGCGGAUAUCUUUGCCCUGAGCCUGACCGUGCUGUUGGCAGCCGGUGCUCCACCACUGCCUCAGAAUGGAGAAGAAUGGCACCGCCUCAGGCAGGCUCACUUACCCAGCCUGCCCCAUGAAUUAACGUCAGCCUUAAGAAAUCUUCUACAGACGAUGAUGGACCCUGAUCCUGCUGUGAGGCCGUCUGCGUCUGCAUUGUGCAGGCACCCGGUGCUGCGCAGAGAAAGAGCUGGAAAACUGGCCGCACAGCUGCGCAGAGAGCUCAAUGUGGAGAAGUUCAGGACAGCAAUGCUGGAAAGGGAACUCCAGGAGGCUCGGUUAGCUGCUGUCUCACCUCAGCAGCCUGCUCUCACCACAGGAUGCAGAACUUCACAGGCUGGCUCACUUCCUAGGCCAGGACGGAGGCUGGUGGGGCGAAAAACAACUCGAUCCAUGAGCUUUGGUUGCCUGGGACACUGAACUUUUGCUUAAUGGGUAGAACUGCUCUGGAGAUGCUUUGAUGGUUUUUGUUUUUUUUUUUUUUUAUUGACUUAAAUGGAUUUUAUCCUUGUAAAUAAAGAUUUUAAAUGCCUUAA